GACGAACUCGACUUCAUAUUGCCCUCUCCACCGACAGAGUCUCCAGAACCAAGUAAAGAUUCUAACCCGACGAACAACGGACUCGACCGAUUCAAGUGUCCGGAUCAGGCAAAAUCUACCCACGAUAAACUAGAUGGUCGACUGCCUCACCCACCAUCAACUUCGAAUUCUGGAAAUGAUGGACAAGAACAAACUGAUGUCUUGGAAAGGCCGAGAAUUCGAAAUGAAUUGUCUAAGGAUCAGCUUCGAGCGAAUAUUUUUAAACAACCCGCCGGAUCACUGGGUCCGUGUUACGGACCUUUACCGGACGAUCAAACUAAUCGCACUACUGAAAAUAUUAAUACGGCCUCAUCGAGCCUGUCUGAGAGAGAUAGUUAUAUGUGGAGUUUAGGGAGCGUAGACCUACCUUCAAUGCUUGCUCUUAAUGACGGAGUAGAAAGACUUCUCUGGCCUGCGGAGGUAUGUUUCCUAAUUAGAAAUCUUAGCUUUUUUGAUUGUUCUGAAAAACAGGCUUUUGAAAUUCAAAUUGAAUUGAGACAUUUAUUACAUAUACUAGCAAUCGUGUAAUUCAAGUUCAUUUUGCCUUUUUUAAAUACAUGAUAUGUACAGCAUAAUGCUUAUAAAUGUGAUGUUCAUUUUGAUAAUUCAGUUGAAUGGUUGCAAUCGAGCCAGACGUCAGGGUUGAGUGAUUUUACAGAAAAACAACGAUUAUUGUGUUUUAAUGCAGUCGAAGCUGCAAGUGGCCACAACGAAUAGUUUUUUUAAAAUAGUUUUUCAUGGGAUUAUCAACACAAGAGAGGAAGAGCACACCAACCUUUCCAAAAUCCUCAAGUUUCUUGUUUAACUGUUUAACCGUUUAACUGUUUAUUAAUUAUCACAAAUUUUACACAAAGCAAUACAGCUGGCAAUAUCCACUGCCCGCAGUUAGCAGGUUAGCUAGUCGAGGCGAGCAGUGGUUACACGUAUGUAAUACAUAUACAGAUAGAUCACAAGAAAGACUAGAGAAAAAGAGUAGUUAAAUAAAUAAACAAAUAAAUACAAAAUAAAUUCAAUAUAAUUAAGUUUACAAUCAUGGACAUUGCAAAUAUAAGAAGCCGAGUUUUCAGGAAAUUUUUGUUAUUAAGUCGGGUAAAUCAAUAUAAUCAUUUUCUUCUGAAAGUAUUCGGAGUAAAGUGUCGUGGACAUUGAUUUUAAAGUUAUUUUUGGACAUUUGACGCAUUUCACACGGUAAACUAUUCCAGAUUUUUACACCAUAUCUUGAAAAAGACUUAGUUUGUUUGUCAAACCUUGAGUGUUUAACAUAAUAGUCACCUCUUGAAGAUGAUCUUGUACUAUAUGAAUGAAUAUUAGAUUGGGAAGCAAAUAAGUUAGAUAUGUUAGUAGGUGUUAGGCUGUCAUGCAUUAAGCUAUCAUGCAUUAGAAUAGCAACGGAUUUAAAGUACAGUAGAUCUAAGGGAAGAAAGCUAGAGGAGACAAAAUAAGGUACUGCAUGAGAAUUGUAGUCACCAAAGAACAUGAGGCGGAGGGCGCGUUUUUGAAGAAUAAGAAUUUUGUUUUUGUAAGUUUUAGCAGCUUGGCCCCUAGCGACUAUGCCAUACAAUAAGUAGGGCUGAAUAAGAGAUAUGUAUAUGUGGCGUAAAGUAUUCAGGGGUACAAAGUGUCUAAGGCUGGCAAUGAUGCUAAUUGUUUUACUUGUUUUUGAAGCGAUGUGAGCGAUAUGGUACUUCCAAGAAAGAUUGUUUAUCAGGUCGAUCGAACCAGAUCGGCAGGCUUGCGCGCACGAGACUGCCGUUAAGAGUGCCUCGAUUAUGUUAGAAAAUAUGCGUUUUAAAAUAAAUCCUCGAUGCGUCAAGCCACGAUAUCUUCAAAAUAAUACAAGCUGCUUGUGAAACUCUCUCGCGCGCGAAAUACAGUGGGUAAGAAAAUUUGGUUACCAGUAAAAUAACUUAAUCAACAGGUAUGUUAACCCAAAUGCAACACGUGGUUUCUUGGCGGGAAAUCGCAUGGCCAACUGGCCUUUUUAGAGAGAAGAAACAACAACUAAGACAAGUCCUUGCUUAGUCCCUAGGCAUCAUUAUUCCGCGCGGCCAAAGCGUUUCGGGUCACGUGGUCCAAGCGAAAAUGUAAAAAUGUUUCCCGCCGGUUCGCCUAGGAUACGUCAUUGAAGUGAAUUGACCGAGAGGGACUGGGAAAACGCCGUAAAGGAACUGAAGGCAAGUCAAAUCCGACCAAAUAGGAAAGUCUCUACUGACCUGGAUAACAGAGAAAGAGCUAAAGCGUUAGAUAAGAAGAAAAAGCAUGUGUAAUUAGGAAGGUUCACGUAGUAGACGUGCAAAACAACGUAAAAGAAAUGCACAAAAAGAGUGUGCUUCACGUGCCAAGUUUUUGUUGUUUUUUUGGGCUGAGUUAGACCUCUUGAUUUUUUGCCGUUCUCGUUGCCGUCGCCGUUUGGUAUUACACGAUUUUAUUUCUAUGUUUCAGUGAAUUGUAAGUAUAUUAACGAGAGCCUCGCUUUUAGCCCUGGUUGAGUCUGUAUAUUAGGGAGCUUAGGCAGCAAUGACGGCGACGGCUACAAAAACGUCACUUGAAAAGAGAAUUCGCGCUGCUUUAAACUUUAUCGCAUCCAUCUCGUUCAAUUCGACAAAUAAUAGCGAAUUUUUCUGGAGAUGAAUUCCAAAGGACCGUAUCGAAGUUCAGGGAAAGCAAAAAAAUUGUUGUCUGGUGUCCACGUCCUCCACAAAACGGCAAAUAGGGACGUUUCACGUCGUGGCCGUGUAGCGACGGCAAAGAAAUGUACAAGAAUGCAUAAUGCAAGAUACGUGCCUUGUUGUUUUGCCAAUCUAAACCUGUUGCUUUCUCACCAUUUACUUUGCCAGGCCCUCUUGGUCGUCGUUGCUUACUCUCCGUAAUAUUCUAUGUUCUAGAAACUGCGAGAACAUAUAUGAAUUAAUUCUCUGAACUUUGUUACUACAGUUAUUUUUGUUUUUUUCGGUUGCAUUAAUGCAGGAGGAAUUCCCUGAUCAUAAUGGAUUCGAAGAAGGUAAAGACUACGUAUUGAUAACGCGUGUAGGAGAGGGUGCUUUCGGAGAAUGCUUCAUGGCUGUCGAGCUUCCAUAUGAUAAGGAGAGGGAGUUCUGCGUGAAAAAGGUAUGGUUUUGUUGGUUUCGCACUCAGCGCUUAUUGUGUCCAGCGGAAAGAUUGCGGCUUCUAACCACUCGGCCACGCGACCACAACACCAUCUACAAUGAAAAUUAAAAUUCUUGAAGUAUCUUUCUCUGCCAUUCACACUGUUUGAACCUUAUGGAUCGGAGUUGUGUUUAUCAUGAAUUCAAAGAUACAUUUGAGGGAAAAUAGCUCGCUGUGGCUUUUUUACUGUUUAUUCUCAAUGCUGACCCUGUUAGCUUCGCGAGAUUUUUGCAAAAACGUAUUUCUAGUUUAUCUUUAGAUAAUUUGGCAUAUUCACAGGCUAUGGACUGAGUCCUCCAAAUUAUAACUGGAGGUAAAUUUGACCUAAUCAGUUGACUCCACUUCGACGUUGUUUUUCGGAUAACCGUAUAGAACGGUUGCGAACGGGAAGGGGAGGAAGGAAAAGAUUUGUUUUACAUCCAGAGAUGUACAGUAACUCCCAAAAAUGCCGUAGUCAACUAACCGGACAUGGUGAACGGCGUCAUAUUCGGCCACAUUCCCCGGUAUAAUGGCAGGUGAAAUUACAGAGAGGGGGAAUGAUCGAGGGGCGUUGCUGCCCCCUGGGUACAAGUGGGAGGGUUUUGAGUAAGCAAAGUUGAGGAAAUGUGAUGAUAUCUAAAUGUUUCAAACUGAAAGUGGCGUUAUCUCCUGCGGCGCCAAUUAAUAAUUCUUCUCCCGUCCAAUAUGAAUGUGCACUCAAAUUAUAGUCACAGUGGGUAAAAAAAAAGGUUAUUGAAAUACUUGCAUAACUUACGGUUUGUUGAUUCUAUAUUAAAUAUUUCUGAUGUUCUUCGUCUGAAAAAAGUGCCAACUGAAGGAUAUAAAUGAGUUACUGGUAUUAACACUGGCAAGAAAGGAAAGUGUGGCAGAAAUUGUGCAGUUUUAUGGUGCGAAAUUAAAAGGCAAAAGUGCUUCUAUUUUUAUGGAGUUUAUGAAAGGUGAGAGACUUUUUAACAACUGUUUCAAAGUUAAAAUUCAAAGUAAAUAGUAGUUAAUAGUCUCUGUAUAACAGUAUCAUAAAAGUCUUCCAUUUUCAGUAGUUCAUAGAAGGAGAGAAGUAUUUGGAAGUAUAAGCUGCUAUAAGUUAACCUUAUGUUUAAUUGACAAACAUAUAUAUAUAUAUAUAUAUAUAUAUAUAUAUAUAUAUAUAUAGCAGACAACCUUGAUUAUACUACGCUCUAGUCCUUCUACUGAGCACUCUGCCGAUAGGCGUGCAUAUGCAUCAACUGGUAUAUAUACAUAGCCAGUAAGGCUCAGGUUUAAAACCAUACGUAAACGUUUUCUGGAGAGGUUUUCCUAGUUUCUGGCACAGUUUUUCGCGUUCUCUUUUACUUGAUUUUGCCGGAUUAUUUUUCUACGAAGAUUCCAAUAGUCUCCGCUGUACGCUAACAUGAAAUCCUUUUUUAGGUGGAACCAUAGCUGAGCUUUUCGAAGACGAAAAGAAAAACUGCGCCAAGGCUGUUGGUGUUGUUUCUUCGCCGCCAGUAAUUUCAGAGAUAUACUGUCUUUGGUACUUAGAAAAUGUUCUGAGGGCGUUAGUUUUCUUACACAAGAAAGGGAUCGUUCAUAGGGAUGUCAAAGGUAACAAUCAGUUAUAGAGAGUUGGGCUCGAGUGCACGGAGGCAGUCAAUCAUUAUACGUUUUUGGAAAACUGCCCACCUACCCCUCCCCUAAAUGUUAGGUCAUUUGAAACCCUUUGGAAAGUUCAGAGACUAACUCUUCUUAACAGUGAACAAGGUUAAAUACUUUGAGGGUAAAACUUGAAUCACCUUACUGUCAUUUCAUGUUUUUUGUUACGUUUAUUGUUGGUUUUGUUUUGUUUGUUGUUUUUUCAAUUAGACUUGUAUUAUUAUGCAGUAGCUUUGAGAUUACCUUUAUCCUAAUCCCAAUAAGUCUGUCCCCCUAUAUAUAAAGAAAAAUAUAUAGAUUUAGCUAGCCAAAGCAAAAAGAGAAGUUCUCUUGGGAUCUUUGAAGAAAUGUCCUUUUUAACUGGUUCAAAUUUGGCCGUAAGUAAGAAGCAAAUUGGAUUUCUUCUUAAAAAAAUAGACCUAAGCCUGUGAUCAAUUAAACCGAUAACUGGUUAGGGAUAACUUUAAAAAACACGUCACCUCAAUGAUUUGUACACUUGAGCCUGCGAUACAGCCAUGUGACACUGGUCAGCGGAUACCCUUUUUGACAGCUGUCAUUUGACCGUAAGUUUUUCUGGAUAUCCGCUAUCAAGUUAAACAGAGAUUGAGCACUUACUGAAAAAGAAACUAAGUAAGAAGGCAUUUCACACCCACGAAUGUUAGGGGGCGGACGUUACGUACGUACGGACGAUUUUGCCCAAAAUUUCUUGGCCGCAUAAACAACCAAAUUUUUUACUCAGUUUUUUACCUCUCAUUACGUAACCGGAAAAGUUGCCAAAGCUUUGUGGAAGGCAACGCUUAUUGUUAUCAUGACCUGUUCUUGUUUAAUGUUAUUGUUUAAUCUAGGGUUAAAUGUACUGUUACCCGAAGAUCGCCGCAAUGCCAAACUAGCAGACUUUGGAUCAGCUGAAAAUCGCAAAGUACGUAAAAAAGUCGUUCAUGAAAUAGCCAACCAUCGCCCCAUGUAAGGUAAUCCAACACAGCCUUGGAUUUUGGAUUCCACGCCGUGGCGGAUUCCGGAUCUCAGGUACUGGGUUUCAGUCUUUGUCAGUGGAACUUAGUUUCCGGAUUCCAAUCGUUAGUGGGAUUCCGGAUUCCAAAGCCCAAGAUAUCCGUAUUCUACCUGAAAAAAUUCCCCAGCUUCCGGGUUCCCCAAUCACACGGGUUCCCGGAUUCUGGAAUCUGGGAUCUGGAUUAGCUUACAUGGGGCGCAAAUAUGAAAACAAGACAAUGAGCUAAUGCCUGGUUCAUCAUAAAGCGUGAAGCAACACAUCAUGAUCACAUUUAUAACCUUUUGACGACGGUUUUAGAUCACUGAACUAUCACCAUCUCAGUAAAAUACCAUUGAUUGGUUACGACAAUUAGAUAUUUGCAGAGCAACACUCGUUUGUGGUUUGUAAAACUGCUCAACUUAUGGGCUUUAGUUAACUGUGUCUACUUCUUUUCAAGGUUUUUACUUUCUCUGUUGCCGAACAAAUGCUUCCUUAGCCUAGAAAUACGUACGCCUCGCCUCGCUCCUAGUCACUCAGUACGUUUUGAGAGAAACUACUCCCUCGUUUUCCCUGCGCGUGCGUCGAGAAGCGAUUAAAGGCCGUUGUAGUCGCAGGCAAGAGAUCUAUUAUGAGUUCUGUCGCAGGCCAAUGCUCAUCUUCAUUCACUUUGCUGGUUUCUGAAAUAAACAAUUACCAAAUUAAUUUUUACCUUUUAGUUAAUUUCUCCCGUUUUUCCUUAAGAAUAUGGGUACCUUUAUUGACAUUUGGAAGACUGGCUGUUUUUUCCUGGAAAUGUGGAAUGGAGAAAGACCUUCCAGUCUUUUGGCUCUUACUGUAAGUGGCAAUAACUAUCUUUAAGUGAUUCGUACUUCCCUGUUCUGCUUACAAGGUUAGCUACUACUAAGAGAACUUUAAAGGAGGUCAGCCAGCUUCAAGGUUUUAGGCCAAUCGGUAUAUAUGCGCAUAACUAAACGUGAGGCAGCUCAUUGUACGUGUACAUGUGACGCCAAGAUAGUGCGGUUGGAUAUCGGCAAAGGUCUAGGUUUAUUAAACAAAUUGAAAAAAGAAACCACAACAACGGAGCCAGCCAUUCAACUUUUUCUCGAGAAAAAACAAGCAAAGCAAAACUCAGACAAACAAAAAUCUUUCGCCUGAAGCAACUAAUGAUUUUGAGUAUACGGUACACCGCGAAUCUUCCACUUCGGUAGAAGAAUGGUAUACAGCUGUUUCGAGAAAGAUUGUCGGAAGAAAUGCGCACGCGAUAAUCCCGAAAGGUAAUAUGGGAUACACUGUUCAAGCUGUCGAACCUACUUUUGUUUCUUUCCUUUACUACUCGCAAACAUAUGUCCGUGGCCUCCCGUACUAUUCUUUCAAAUUUCUUUAAAGAAAAGUGCCCUCAAAGCCACCCACAAUACCUUUCGGGAUUGUCGCGUGCACUUUUUCCGACAACCUUUCUCGAAAUAGCUGUAUACUAGCUAACAGGUUGCUCCAAGAACUAACCCUUUAAAUAAUGUUUCUUUUUAAUAACCUUCCAAAAGACGUUAGAAUUUGAAGUUUUCUGUGCUGAGGAAUAAGGAGGAAGUCUUGAAUGUUAAUUGCUGAUUGACAAGUGUUCUGUGUUUGUACAUACAUGUAUUAAAAAAUUUUACAGUGAAAUUAAAAGUGAGUUAUUGUUAUUUUUUAGGAAGGAGGCAGUGUUCACCCUCAAAGGCAGACUUCAUGUAGGCCUGAAGAUCACAUCCCUUUGUCAGCAUCAAACGAAACUAAGGAGUUGUUACGUUUAUGCUUCGGAGUAAAUAAUGAA